UGUCGUGACAGGUGGUCGUCAUCUGACGACUCCCCUAAACACAAUCGCAACCCAAUUCCACUGUUUGGGGUGGAGAGUGAACCCGGAAUGGAGGCAGUUGGACGAGGAUGAGAAGUGAUGAAAAUUUUUCAUCGAAAUUCUGGACCCGGGAGGCCGGAGGCCAACGGUGAGGGCUGGCCUCGUGGUGCCCUGGCCUGGGAAGGAUGGACAAUUGCAACUGGCCAGGAACGUGCUCAGGGUGAUGGACGAGAAGUGCCAUGGCCGCGGCGUCGAGCCCAUGACCAGCUUUCACUUUUUGUGGGUGUGGGAGCUUGCCGAGCUUCCAUGCCCGGAUGGCAGCAGCAACCUUGCUGGGCCUUCCUGACUUCCCCAGAACGUCAGGCAGGCGCCGUGGCCCCUUCCUAUGAUUGGCUGAAUCCCGCGCACACCUUCCAUUCCGCGCGUCUACGAACCGUCAAGGUUCCAUUUUUGGAUGGAAGGUACGAGCAUCGCUCUUGCAUGUCUUUUCAACGAUCGCGUAUCAUGCACUCUCCUUUGGGACGACUUUGUGAGCAUCGAUCGGAGCACAACUUCCUCAGAAUGCCCGCGAAAUAUCACAACAUUCUCACACCAUGUCGGACCGCCAUGUCCACCAUGUCCGCUAUGUCCGCGCGAUCUUGCUCGUUUACCAAUCCCACUUCCAAUUUCCAGAUCCCAUCAUCCACCGCACGGAUUUGUCACCGGACUUAUCAUCGGAAAAUUGACACACAGCGGAUUCAGCCAGAUGAAGUCAGCCCAUCUGCACCAAGCUUACAUGAUCACGACGACGGGACACACACUGGCAACUCGGCACUGACAGGGACAGGCACGGGGACGUCGACAGGGGACAGGGACAGGGGAAGGCCCCGCCCGGGCAACCUGGAACCCCACACUGCUGGCGUCAACCCCAGCGAGACCCCCUCCCGCUCAGCCCCUCGCAGGACAGCUGCGAUGCCCUGUGCAGUGCAUGUUAGCUAAUCGAUGUGACAGACGGGACGUCGUGACCUACAAGAGGACUGCAAGCCCUCCUCGCGCCGACCUUUCACACCUCUCACUCACUUCUGUUGCUUAGUUGUACAAACGAUCGUCCUGAGCGAACAUCGAAAUCGAGCGGGGGCACCCCAAGCCUCAACUCCACGAAAUCCAGUCCCGCGCACCCAUCACAGAACCCUGACCCCGGUACAUGCCUCACCAGGCGCUGCAUCCACCGUCGCUCACAGAGGGUCCCCACUGGCAAGGUGCACCUGCACUGGUGACCACAAACUGUGAUCGCUCACCGCAGCACCAGCAUCGGUGAAAGACGAUUGGCCGGUUGACAACCCCGAUGAUCUCCGUUCUCGGCUGCUCCCAGGAACCGUCCGGACUCUGGGGUCGACGGGGAUCGAACUUUGAUUAGCGAAGAAGAGUCAUCCAAAACAGAU